CAUGCGACCGCCCUUUCGCGCCCAGAGCCCUUCAUUUGCUCCGCACUGACCUUGCUCUUCAGUUGCGUCUAACAGCUCCCUCGCCAUGGCACGUCAGGAUCCCGAGCUCGCGUCGCCCAUCGAGGCGCGCGACGCGGCUGAAGUCGUCGACCAGCUCCCCCACUACGCCCACGAAAGCAAGUCGCAGGACGUGCUCGACGAGAAGCAGCUGGCCAGCAAGGAAUCGGCGACGACCCACUCCGUCGACGUCGACGAGCUCGACGGCGUUCCCCACGAUGAGAAGGGCAACGAGAAGGUCCUCGAGACGGCGGCGGAUUUCUCCCGGGCACUGGUCAGCAGCGAGGACGAUCCUAACCUUCCGAUCCAUACGUUCCGUAUGUGGUUUACUGGACUGGGCCUCGCUGUCUUUGGCGCUGUCCUUGGCAUGCUCUUCCAAUUCCGUCCACAAGUUAUCGAUGUGUCUGCUUUGUUCCUGCAGCUGCUCGCCUACAUGCUCGGACGCUUCUUUGAGGCUGCUAUCCCAGGCCCUGGGUCGCGCUUCCACAAUGGCAACUGGUUCUGGAACUGGGUGAACCCUGGCCCGUUCAACUUGAAGGAGCAUGUUGCAGCGCAGAUCAUGGCAAACACAGCCGCCACUGCUGCCCAAGCCUGCUUUGUGUUCGCGUCGGAUGACCUGUUCUACGGCAUUACUGUCAACCCUGGGAACGCCAUCUUCACUCUCUUGGCCUCUCAGUUGAUUGGGUAUGGCUUCGCUGGCUUGUUCCGUGCGUUCCUGGUCUACCCCACGGUGAUGUUGUACCCGCAAAACCUCAUCUACGUCAACUUGUUCGAUGUCCUGCACCGUUCCAAGGGUGAGGUUCUCCAGGGCAAACGUCUCCGGUUCUUCUGGAUCGUCACUGGCGCCAUCUUCGUGUAUGAGUGGUUCCCGGAGUGGAUCGCACCUCUACUCGGUUCGUUCAACAUCGUGUGCCUCUGUGCGCGCCACUCGGAUUGGGUCUCGUACAUUUUCGGUGGUGCGGAGGGUAACGAGGGAAUGGGGCUCAUGGGCUUCGGCAUCGACUGGGCGAACAUCACCUCGACUCCCUUCUACGCCCCUCUCUCGACGCAGAUCUCCAACUACGUAGGCUGGUUGAUCAACUACUUCCUCCUCCCCGCCAUCUUCGCCAGCAACGUGUGGCACUCCAAGAGCUUCCCAUUCAUUUCGCAAAACCUGUUCAACGAGGACGGCAGCAUCUACAACCAGUCCCUCAUUCUCAACCCGGACUUCUCGCUCAACAAGACGGCGUUCGAGAUCCACGGCCAGCCCUGGCAGAGUGGGUCGACCGUCAUCUACAACCUCGGCAUCAACAUGUCUAUCGGCGCGACAUUCGUCCACAUCGCGCUUUGGCAUGGCAAGGAGAUCUGGGCGACGUUCAUGGACUACGUCCACCGCCGCCCGAUCGACGACUACCACUAUCAGCGCAUGCAGGUCUACCGCGAGGUCCCAAUGUGGUGGUAUGGCGCCACCACCCUCGCCGCGUUCGUGACAGCGAUGGUCUGUGCGUACACGGAGAAGUCAGGCCUGCCCUGGUGGGCACUCAUCGUCGCGCUGAUCAUCGCGGCCUUCUGUCUCCCCUUCUACGGUGCAAUGUGGGCCGUCGCUGCGUUCAAGCCCGUCAUACAGAACAUGUUCCAGAUGCUGGGCGCUGCGCUCAUCCCAGGGUCGUCUCAGGCGAACAUGUACUUUGAGCUCUACUCCAGUCAGGCGCUGAAGCAAGCCGCGUCCAUGCUUGGCGACCUCAAGCUCGGCCAGUACACGAAGUUGCCCCCCAGGACCACGUUCUCUGUACAGAUGGCUGGCACUGUCGUUGGCGCACUGCUCAACUACGUCAUCAUGCAGACCGUUAUCUCUAACGAGCGCGAGAUUCUCCUGAGUAACGAGGGUACUCGCGUCUGGAGCGGACAACAGGUGCAGUCGUACAACGCCAACGCCAUCCUCUGGGGUGCCCUCGGCAAGGAGAUCUACGGCCCUGGCGGACCUUACUUCAUCGUGCCGCUCGGUAUCGUCAUCGGCCUUGGGCUUCCAAUCAUCCCGUGGCUUCUCUAUAGGAAGUACCGCUGGCAUUGGCUCACCCUCGUCAACACCUCUGUCCUUGCUUACAACAUCGGUGAUCUCGCUGGUGGCACCAACGGCUACAUCAACACCUGGAUGGCGAUCGGUCUCACCUCGCACUUCUACGUCCGGAAGUACCGCGCAGGCUGGUUCAGGAAGUACAACUACCUGUUCGGCGCUGCCGUCGAUGGUGGCGCACAGAUCUUUGUGUUCAUCUUCUCGUUCGCGCUUGCGGGAGCAGGUGGUGUCACCGUCAACUUCCCGAAUUGGGCACUCAACCCUGAGGGUAACGCGGAUUACUGCAAGGUGACAGGGUCAGAGUAGAUGCGUCGUCUGGUAAUGGACAUACAUUAGUAUUGUUGCAAGGGCUCGUUCGUCGUAUCAUCUCUUGCUGUUGUAGACUACCAUGACGGUAAUGCCGAACAGUUCGGCUCGCCACACGAGGGCAAACUGUAUCAUUACUUACUACAUAGAUCCAACCCUUCCAAACGAGUCGUGACCAAGAUGAUGAAGACACGGCGGCGAAGCUGUCUGAACGAGCUCAAGGCUGCAUCGCUUAGCGUUUGUGUCUGGUACCUCGGAGGCCGACAGUUGG